AUGUCUUCUCAUCUUGUCAAAGAAGCGCCACGCUUCUCUAAGUUCGUUCAUGGUGUCGCCCAGCUGUUCGAAGAUCACAUUAACAGCUUCCCCUUCUGGCUCAGCGACCUCGAUACGGACAUCAGGCAAGAUCCAGAAACUGCCUUCCAGCAAGAACAAGAACGGAUUGCCAAGCAGGCAGAGGACGAGCUCGCUGUCGGCAGCUUCCUUGGUAGCCGCCAGACGAUCCCUAGCAUCCAGCACCUCGUCGGCUCCCCUAUCAGCCACAUGAUGACAGAAGAGUCAACUCCCAAGACCCAGAUUCGCAUCCAGGGUGUAGUUCAGCCUACCUCCCCUCGUCCCGAGGCUCUAUCCCAGUCCCAGUCUGAGUUAGCUCCCAGAGCUCCCAUUCCCGAGCUUAGCCUGCCUCCAUCUACCGAGCAAGCCAACGGAGCCCAACCUCAACCGUCAUCCCGACCAACAUCCUCGUUGCUUCGCAUCCCCUUCUCCAUGUCCCGCUAUGCCCUUGCCCAUCGCUCUCCUCAACCCCAGCUACCCUCUGGUGUCUCUAUGCCAAGCUACUGGCUCAAGGACACUGGCCCCGUCCGUGUGGAAGCUAAAGUUUGGCUCGCCAACCAACGUACCUUCGUCAAAUGGCAGCAUAUUUGCAUUCUCCUCGCUGGUAUUUCACUCACAAUGUAUAAUGCCGCCGGGCCCGACAAAACUGUCACCCGCUACCUUGCCCUCGUGUAUACUGGUUUCUCCGUCUUUACUGGAGCCUGGGGAUGGUGGAUGUACGAGUCUCGUUCGCGACUGAUCCGAGAACGCAGUGGAAAAGACUUUGAUAAUGUCAUAGGGCCUCUCGUCGUCUGUCUGGGUAUUGCAGUCGCUUUGGUGUUAAAUUUCUGGUUCAAGUAUGCUUCGAUUGUCUGGGCAGACCCUGCUCCGAACGCACCGUCACCAACCGGAAACAUUGCCGAAGCUGCUCCAUUUAUGACAGCUCGGCCUCAAUUCCAGGCCCAGCCAAACGUCUAA